AUGGACCUUGGGGCCGGCGGCUUCUCUGAGGGGCAGUUCCGGGAAGCCUGCGCUGAGCUUCAGCAGCCCGCACUUUCCAGGGCCGACUGGGAGCUGCUGGUGGAGACCUUCGGUAUCAGCAUCUACAGGCUGCUGGACCAGCAGACUGGAGUGUAUGAGUAUAAGGUCUUUGGCUUUCUGGAGGAUUGCUCACCGGAUCUACUAGCAGAUGUCUAUAUGGACUUAGACUAUAGAAAACAGUGGGACCAAUAUGUUAAAGAACUUUAUGAAAAAGAAUGCAAUGGAGAAGCAGUGGUGUACUGGCAAGUCAAGUACCCUUUUCCCAUGUCUAACAGAGAUUAUGUCUAUGUGCGGCAGCAGCGAGAGCUGGACCACGAAGGACAGAAGAUCCACGUGAUCCUGGCCCAGAGCACCUCCGUGCCACAGUUUCCAGAGAAGUCGGGCGUGAUUCGGGUGAAGGAGUACAAGCAGAGCCUGGCGAUCCAGAGCGAUGGCAAGAGGGGGAGCAAAGUUUUCAUGUAUUACUUCGAUAACCCAGGUGGCCAAAUUCCGUCCUGGCUCAUUAACUGGGCUGCCAAGAAAGGAGUUCCUAACUUCUUGAAAGACAUGACGAAAGCCUGUCAGAACUAUCACAAGAAAACCUAA